AUGACCAAAAGGGAAGUUAAGUUGAAGGUAAACGUGGAAGGAAUAGUAAAAGCCUGCCAGUCCAGUGAAGUUAAAUCAAUGUUUCGAUCAAAGUUUCCAUCAGAAAGAUUUUUUCCUAUGCUUAAGAAGAUACUUGACAAAAACCUAGAAAUAGAAGGUGAGUACAGUGAGGAAGAAAAAGAGGACAUCCUAAAUAUAGUUAAGACUAGAAUAUAUGAUUGCUCUGUAUACCAUUUUUCUGCGCUAGAUACAGAUAACUUGUAUUAUGCAUUGGAGAAGGAGAAUAAUGAUGACUUUAUUAAGGAAAAAGCUAUUGCUUUAAUCAAUAGCAUUAUAGGACAGAAUCCAGCUAUAUACAAUCCAGAGCAUGGCGUUUGUAGAAAGAAUAACUCUGCAGAUGCUGUCGGUGACGAUCUAAGCCCUAUAACAUGCACACUGGAGAUUGAUGAUGCAAAGUUCUCAAACUUGAAGGGCAUGCUUCAUUUCACCUCAGAGAUCUUAGACCGAAAGCUUUUAUGUUCUAUGUCUUUUGGGUGCUCAUUGAUGGAUGACUUAAAAGUUUAUCUAUCGGGAAAAACAUACUACACUCUAGACGAGCUGUAUACUAGUAUGUAUAAAAAUACUGAUAUACCGCUGGUAGACUAUGGACUGAAGCUUCUUUUUAACAAAUAUCAAGAAAUGGAGAACAUAAUUAAGGAGAAUAAAACAGAAGGAGCUGAUGCUGAAAAUAAGCAGAAGAUAGUUAAAGAAAUUAGUAAUUUGUUUAUCUCAGAAGAUCUAGAGAUAGUUCUUUCUAUUAUAGAUAACUCUAGGAAUAUUCACUAUGAGAAAAACGCACGAGACUACAUGACCCAAGCAUUGGAAUACUUGGCAAAUGACACUGCAUUCUUGAAGGAAACAGAUGACGGGCCAAACAUUCUAAGGCUAAAAACAGACUUAACUAACUUUUAUGAAGAUUACGUGGUGAAUAAGGAUAAGAAUCUAAAGAAACUCGUAGAUAAAAGGAAAGAUAAAUCUAGUAAAGAAGUAGAAGCUAAUCCAAAAAAUGCUACGUAUCUAUUAAAAUAUAAUGGAAGAAAAGAACUAAUACAGGAUUAUACCAAUGCAAGAUUUUAUCACAAUCAAAGAUUCUUAACCAGAUUAAGUCCGGUUCAGCAGCAAUACUUGCUCAAGAAGAUAAAAGAACUUGCAAACAUACUGAACGUACAAGUGAUAGUAGCAGAUGAGGCAGAAGCAGCAGAAAAAAUGGAAGUGGAUGAGCCAGUUGAGCAGCACCAGACACUUGACAUGUCAGGUGAAACAGAGCCUAGCUCAGCGGGUGCAUCAGCCCGGACAAGCAGUCUUGGAAAAUUAUUAGUUGGCAGUCUUCUUUUACUUGGAUCAACGGCAUAUACUAGCCAUCGUUACUCAAAGAGCAAGUCAACAACUGCUGCAAACAGUGACAGCGAUAAUUUAUAUCAUGUCAUGGACAGCAGCUAA